AUGGGAGUGCUUCGCGUGCAGGAGGUCAAGUUGAACCGAGACCAAUCUCCCUCGACAGUUGGAGUUCAAUCCGGCAUUGAGGAAGCAUGUUCAGGAAUGCGAGGCGGCAUUUCGGAAAUCAAGCACAUCGCAAAGCCCACGUCCCACCUCCCAGCAUAUGCCAAUACCCAAGCGAAAGCCAACAAACGUCGCCGUUUGAACGACUCUGUGACAUCUGUGCCGACCGGCGGUAUUCCGUCAAUAGCGUUCGCCAGGGGGGGAACUACCGGCCAGCAUGCAGCGCCCAUCUACUCUCAGGACACCAUGACUGCGAUUGAAGAAGGCCUUGACGAGGAAGAAGGAUGGCUUGGCGUCCCUAAUCAAAACGGGAGUGCUUGUGGUGACUUCAGUUAUAUGGACCUUCAAAUGAAACCUCCACAGCUGGGAGGAGGGAACACACGUCACACGGACGGCAAAUAUUCUGAUUACACACUCCCGGGCAUUGGAUUGCCUUCCGGCGAAUCAACAAUGCCUGGUUCAAACUUCAACCUUGACUCGCACAGCUUGUCCACCUGGAAGACGAUCAGCUGGGCGUACCUUGCUCAAUUGCGCGUACACGACUUUUCGGUGUAUACAACAUUGACGAACCCGCUGGCUAUACUCUACGCCGUCCUCCUAAAGGUUUUACAGCGGGAUGUAAUCUAA